AUGAUGGCGCUCACCAUUUUUAUCCUCCGUCUGGCCGUCUGCAUCCUGGCAUUUCCCAUGUACCUGCUGGACUUUCUGGGCUUGUGGAACUGGAUAUGCAAACAGUGGUUCCCCUACUUCCUGGAGAGGUUCACUGUGAUGUACAACAAACAGAUGGAGAGCAAGAAGCAGGAGCUCUUCAGCAACCUGCGGGAGUUCACAGGCCCCUCUGGGAAGCUCUCCCUGCUGGAGCUGGGCUGUGGCACGGGGGCCAACUUCAAGUUCUACCCCUCUGGAUGCCAGGUGACCUGUGUUGAUCCCAACCCCAGCUUUGAGAAGUUCUUGAUCAAGAGCAUUGCCCAGAACCGACACCUGCAGUUUGAGUGCUUCAUAGUGGCUGCCGGGGAGAACAUGCACCAGGUGGCCACAGGCUCCAUAGAUGUGGUGGUCUGCACCCUGGUGCUCUGCUCGGUGAAGAACCAGGAGCAGAUCCUCCAGGAAGUGUGCCGAGUGCUGAGGCCGGGAGGAGCUUUUUAUUUCAUGGAGCACGUAGCAGAUAAGCCUUCCACCUGGAAUUACUUCUGGCAACAGGUCCUGGAUCCCGUCUGGCACCUUCUGUUUGAUGGAUGCAACCUGACCAGAGAGAGCUGGAAGGCCCUGGAGCAGGCCCGCUUCUCCAAGCUGAAGCUGCAGCACUUACAGGCCCCUCUGUCCUGGGAGCUAGUGCGCCCUCACAUCUACGGAUAUGCUGUGAAAUAGUGGAAGCAGGGAGCUGAGACCCAAAGGGCUCAAAUAAUUUAAGGUUUUGGCUUCACACUUAAAACAGUAACUGAAAGAUGGGAACUCCCUUUUUUGGGUAAAUUUACAUUUCAUCCCUUAAAGUUUAUGUUAUAACCUAGUUAACCAUUUUCUAUCAUCUCCCAAAAAUCAAAACACAAAACAACUUUGAACUCUCUCUUGAAAGAAACAGUGGGCUUCCAUAAUUAAAUUCUACCAUUAUCCUCAGAUCUUACUUUAUUCCAUAACUUCACAGUUUAUCUUAUUUAAAUUAUGACCCAACAGAUUUUAAUUUCACCAUUUCUAUGAGAGGCUGAUGCUAAUAAGAAUUAAAUCACACAAAGGAAGAUUUUGAAAAGGAAGAGGGGAAAACAUCUUAAGAAUUCACAAACUGAAUAAAGAAAUACUAUUUGAAAAAUCCAAACCUAAAAGCACAGGUGUUGUUUUUAUUUUUUUUAAGGAAUCGGAAUCUACUUGCUCUUCUUAGUAUCACUGUGCUGGCUUUCAAAAUUAAUGUACCAGGACGCCACACCUGGUUCUGCCCAGCUCUGUUAUGUUUUUUAUUCUGGUAUUCCACCAAAGUUUGUUCUCCUGCAUUCCAGUCUUUAAUUCUUACAAGCAAGAUUGUACUUUAGUAUAUCCAUAAAACUACAUGAAGCAGAGUUCUUGGGUUCAUUUUGCCCAUUAUAUAGCAUGUACUUGGCUGAAUGUUUUAAACUGCAAGCAAAGGAAAUGCCCACUGUAGUGAGGGAAACACUGAAUGCUUGGGUAUGCUUUGUAAGAGCCCCCUCAAAAUAGGCAACCUGUGAGUCUGUAAAGAGGUAGACAAAUAUUGUUUGGAUUAUUCUGAUCAAAUUUCUACUCUGGUCCCAAGAUGAUUUCUUUGUUCCUUGUAACCACAGAAACCUUGAAAAAUCAUCACAAGUGUAUUGAAAACAAGUUGGUCAGUUAGAGGAUUUAGAAUUUUCAGCACAAGUUUGUAUGCACUUUAAUAAAUUUAGUAUGUUUUCUGAGAUGAUUUUGCAAAAGGGCUAUUUUAAAUAUCAACUCAAAUUUACA